AUGGCCUUUGGAGCAUUCACAACGAUUGCUAGUGUAUUCGGCGAUAUCAAUGUGUGUCGUGAAUUCUUUAGCUGGAUCACACCGGGCAUCAUAGCAGCUAGAAAUCAGCUGCUAGACCAAGACAAUACAGUUGUGCAGCACCAUAUUCAUGAGGUGAGGGAGCAGCGUCGGCAGCUAGAGAAUGACCUUUGGAAGCUCCGGACGACUAUAACGCCCAAGAUGCUUGAUCUCAUUGACCGCCUCGAGUGGCAGAGUCAUAGGAAGCAGGCAGCUGACCUCCUCCCACAUACCAAGGAUGCAGUCUAUGAUGCUGAGGACCUCCUCGAUGAGUUUGAUUAUCAUGCUAUCAAGUUGGGGGUUGAGCAGAGCAAGAAUUCUGGGCAAGAUCACAUGGAAGGUGUUUUUCUACAGUUCUACAACAGUAUCAAGGAGUGUGGCCACUUCAACAAAGUGAAGGAAAUACAAGUUAAGCUAGAUCAUAUAUAUAAACAGUCCAGGGAUUUGAGCUUGCAUCAAGCACCACAGAAGUUUGACAGAUCUGUCAGGCCAGAAACAUGUUCUUUCUCCGAGGAGCCACAAAUAUUUGGUCGUGAGAAAGAACUAGAGGAGUUGGUGCAAAAGCUAGGAGUACUUGUGCGCAAGAGAGGCAGGACCGAUGGUGAAGAAAGAAUGACGGAAUUGCCUGUGUUGCCAAUAGUUGGCAUGGGGGGUGUCGGAAAGACAACUAUGGCCCAACAAAUCUGUAGUGAUGCAAAGGUGAAAGCACAUUUUGACUGCAUAAUUUGGACAUGUGUUUCAGAUGAUUUUGGCAUAAAGACGUUAGCAAGAGAGAUUUUGCAGCACUUGGGACAACAAACACCAUCUGAUAAUUUGAAUAUCCUUAUGACAAAUCUAGCUAGUUGUGUCAAGUCGAAAAAGUUCUUGCUUGUCCUUGAUGACAUGUGGGAUGAUAUCUUGAAACAAGGAGAGUCGAUAUGGAAGAGAUUUUGUAAACCUUUGGAAAAUGGCCUUCAGGGAAGUAUGGUUCUGGUCACCACUAGAUCUCCCGAGGUUGCUAAUCUAGUUGGCACCAUGAGACACUAUGAAUUAGCGGGUUUGUGCUUCUUGCCUGAUGCUGUUUUCUGGGAGUUCUUCAAACUAUGUGCAUUUGGAUCCAGUAGUCCUCCCAACUACCUAGAGUUGGAGUGCAUUGGUAAAGCUAUACUCCCAAAGUUGAAGGGUUCUCCUUUGGCCGCCAAAACUCUUGGGCGCUUGUUGCAUAGGGGACUAAACACAACACAUUGGAAAUAUAUAUUGGAAAGUGAGCUGUGGCAAUUAGAACAACAUGCGACUGACAUUUUGCCUGCCCUUCGACUGAGCUAUAUGUACCUACCACCGCAUUUGAAGAGAUGCUUCUCAAUUUGUGCAAUGUAUCCCAAGGAUUACAUAUUUGAAAAGGAGGUUUUAGUCGAUAUUUGGAUAGCACAAGGGUAUGCGGAACCUCAAGAUGCAUCCUUUUGCUUUGAUGACCUUGCAAGUCGGUCCUUUUUCAGUAGAGUAUCUAAGAAGACUGAAUUGAAGAGCAUAUGCAACAAGAAAAAAUUGCGGUCUCUGGUUUGCAAUGAAUAUUAUAGCAGUUCAAGAAAAUUUGUUGUGGUGAUUGACGCUUGGUUCAGGCAACUCCUGAAAAUCCGUGUAUUGAGUUUUAAGCUUUCUAGAGUAACACAGCUACCUGAGAGCAUCGGCAAUUCAAAACAUUUGCGUUACCUUUGUUUAUUCGCAAGGUCUACAAAAUUGAGCACCCUUCCAUCAUCAAUUCGUUUCCUACAUCAGCUGAAAACUGUAGAAGCUCGGGAAUGUGUAUUUGAAAGGUUUCCUCAAGGCUUCGGUGACCUCAUCAGUUUACAGAAAAUUAAAUCAAGGGCCUUCGAUUAUAGUAAGGACCAUACUGGCAAACUCUGUCUAAAAUGGACCUACAUUGACAGAAUUAGUGGUGAGAACCACAUACAGAUGAUGGAAGAACUACCUCAUUGGAAUCUCCAACAUUUGGAAAUAGACCACUACCAAGGUGGAUUUUUUCCUAGCUGGCUCCAGUCUAAUCUCCUGCCAAGGAUGGGGAGUUCUCCAGCAUUGGAGCAACUGCAGAUUGAGAAUUGCCCAGACUUGAGGUCCAUUGCUGUUUCAGUUAAUGUUGCUCAGACAAAGCACCGUCUCUGA